UGUCUGUGUUCCUCAGCUGUCCCGUGGAGGAUCAGCACACACACACACACACACACACACACACACUCUGCAGCAGCACUAUGAGUGAUCUCUACACAGUGGAGUUAACCGGUCCCGGACCGUGGGGUUUCAGACUACAGGGUGGAAAAGACUUCAGCAUGCCACUCACCAUCUCACGACUGACAGACAGUGGUAAGGCGGUUAAAGCGGGUGUUGCCAUUGGUGACGCUGUCAUCUCCAUAGGAGACCUCAAAACAGAGGAACUGAAUCAUCUGGAGGCUCAAAACAAGAUCAAGGAAUGUAAAGGCAACCUGAAACUCACACUGCAGAGAGCAGCCAGUGUUCCCAAACCUGCUGCAGCACUGAAGACAACUACAGUAAUAACAAACACUAGUGUUACAGUCCCUAAGCCUCCAGUGAACAGGGUGAUCCGCAAGCCCAUCAUACAGACAGAUAUUGGGUUCUACCAUGAGGCAUCUCAUGCUGAUGCGAGCAGGAAACGCAUCAUGGAGGACACGGAGGACUGGAGACCCAGAACAGGGACAUCGCAGUCACGCUCAUUCCACAUCCUCGCCCAGAUCACUGGAACUGAGGCCUUGCCAGAGGACAUGGUCUCGAACAAGAAUACGGUGAAAGAGAUGAAGAUUAAAGUCGGACCUCAGUAUCAUAAACUGAGAGACUGGCACCAUGGAGUUUCUGCUCAAACCCUCAAUGUACUCAGUCUCAUCUAGUGUGUGUAAUUGUGUGCGUGUAACUGUAUGUGUGUAAUUGUGUGUGUGUGUGUGUGUGUGUAUAUGUGUAAUUGUGUGUAUAAUUCUGUGUGUAACUGUGUGCAAUUGUGUGUGUGUGUAACUAUAUGUGUGUGUAACUCUGUGUGUAUAACUGUAUGUGUGUGUAACUUUGUGUGUGUGUGUGUGUAACUGUAUAUGUGUAUGUGUGUAACUGUGUGUGUGUGUGUGUAAUUCUUGCUGCAUUUAACUUAAACUCAGAAGUGAGAUCUGAACUAAAUGAUGAAUUGUGUAAUGUUUGAGUUUUAAAGUGAGGUGAACUCUUAAACACCUCCAUGGAAGUUUCGUUAUCAGCAAAUUAACCAGCUUUAGUUUACAGUGAACUGUAAUAUAACAGUGUUCUAGAUUUAACCCGCAAAUGCGCCGUUGUGGAGUGAUCUACAGUAACGUGAUCUACAGUAAACGCUGCUAUAAACUCAUUGAGAGUGCUGAAGUGAUGUUUAUUUACUGUUGAUGGGGUUUUCUUUGCUUUUCUGAGUCAGAGAUGUGAAAUUUGAGUUAUGAGCUUUAGUCAAAUGCAGCAUUACUCACAUGAUAGUGAUAGGCAUGGCUAACAGAACAUUAGCUAAAUAGCUAGUUAGCAUGGUGGUUAGCUGCUAUCGCUCUACAAAAUGAAGCACUGAAUAAAAGUAUGUAUUAAAUAAUUAGUGGCGUCGCUGUUGGAGUUAAACGUUACAUACAGAAGUGAGAUUAGCAUGCUAGCAGAAUUUACUCAUCAUGCUAGCACGACUAGCUGCACUACCUGCCUUAAAGUUAGAUUUUAGCCUGGUGUGUGUGUGUUUUUGUUUGUAUGUGUGUGAAUAAUGUGCUCACAUAUAAAUAUACAAUAUAUAUAUAUAAUAUUUCUGGCGGAUACUCAUGAACAUGAUGGGUUAGCUGUACGGAAUGUGUUAUGAAAUAGCUUUGUGUUAGCUUAGCUAACAUUUUGAAAUGGUUUGAUGUUGAUUUCUUGUUUUCUGUGAUGAUACAAUAAAUUAAUUUUAGCUUGUU